AGUUAUGUCUUUUCAAAUAAAUUUUCGUUGUAAAAUGACAGCACAUGAUCACUCACGUCAGUUCUGAAUUCAUCAGUUUUGUUCUUCAACCCAGAGCAAUUUCAUAUCUGCUCAUUGACAUUGAAAAUAUAUGGUCUCAUCAAUACUGCUAUCUAAAAGGUAUUAAGCAUUUAUUUUGAACCUGAAACACAGAUGAACUUAAACUAAUCCUGGUAAAAAUCUUUCGAAGAUAUCUGAACAAGGAUCUUUAAGGAUAUUCAUAAACUAAGAUAGAAGACCUUUAAAAAUUAUUGCCAACAGCCUGGAUCUUUAAAAAGGAUCUGUAAGGAUCUUCAAGGAUUAUCAACUUUCUUGCCAUUUUCGCCAAGGAUCUUCAAAGAUUUUGCUCAAAGAUCUUGCCAAGAUCUUUAGAGAUCUUAAAGGAUCUUUUCAAAAUUAAUAUAUUUUUCAAGAUCUUUCAUUUGAGGACCUUUGCAAGAUCUUUCAAAGAUCUUUUAAGAAUCUUUGAAAGAUCAUUAUCAAGAUGCACAAAGAUCCAGUAAGAUUUUUUACCAGGGAUGCCUACCUCUCUAAACAGCCACCUCUACAAUUUUUUUCAUUGUGUACUUUGUCCCAACCAUGAGCCAAUCCAUACAUGUUAUGACUUGUUGGCAUCACCCUGCAGUGGCAAGUUUAGCCUGCGUAGCAAGUAUUUCUGUAUGGGCCGAAUGACAUUGGGCUGCACGAAAGAGCUUUUUCUCAUUCAGGCUGCACAAAAAAUGGGGUGAGAGCAAAGAGGUUGAAGGAAGCCGAUCAGCUUCUUCUACCUUUUUGCUCUCGUUCCACUUUUUGCGCAGCCUGAAAUGCUCUUGCUCCAUUAUUCUUGCAGCCCAAAAUGUGAAAAAGCUCUUUCAUGUGACCCAAUUUCAUUCAACUCGUACAGGAACACUUGCUACACAGACUAUCAGGCCAGUUAAUUCUGCCCUAGGAUGGCCACGAGAGGUUCAACAUAUAUUUAUCAAUAACUGCCGUUAGGUUGAUAACAAUGUCACCAGACACAUUGACAAAGAGCUGAGUAGUGAUGACUGGGACGUGAUGAUACUUCACUACCUGGGCCUGGAUCAUAUAGGACAUAUUGCCGGACCAUCCAGUCCCUUUGUGGGGCCAAAACUUCUAGAAAUGGACCAUGUUGUUAAUGACAUUUACAAAGCAAUGCUUAAAUGGGAUCGAGGAGGAAAGGCUCCUUCCCUGCUGGUGCUGUGUGGUGAUCAUGGAAUGAGUGAUGCAGGGAGUCAUGGAGGUGCAUCUUCUGCCGAGACCAGCACACCCCUUGUGUUUAUGAGCCCUUUAUUUGAACACAGUGGAGGUGAAGAGUUUUCCAAGAAACAAGUUCAACAAAUAGAUCUUGUACCAACCUUGAGUCUUCUUUUGGGACUUCCUAUUCCUCAAAACAGCAUAGGAAUUGCCCUUCCUAACCUCUUCAACUUCCAUGAGCCAAGGGAGAUGCUUAGAGCCCUACAGCUGAACACUUACCAACUGUCUCAAGUACUUACUGCAAAUGGCCAUUCAGUUGAUGAUAUGUGGGAACCUCAACAUGCACAUAAGCUGCACUCUGAUUGGUUGAAAUCAGCAGCAGUCAGUCACAAUGCCAAGAACCUAGAGACUAUGGCAGGCAAGGUUGCUAAGCAGUACAUCCUGGCACUUCAGAAAAUGAGCAGUCAUGUGACUGCCUCGCUUUCAAGCUAUGACCUGCAUGCAAUGGUUUGUGGUAUAGCUGUUUUGGUUCAAACGCUGUACUGGGUCGUUUCUGGAUUACUUCGACUUUCUUUUCAGAGCAAAAGAGAAGAUCAGCUGAACAUUUCAGUAACGAACAUUUUUGUUGUGAGUGGCACUGUUUUGCUGGUUGCAGUUCUUCAUCUGUCUGCUUGUUCCAGUACAGUGAUUGGCGGAAGUGACAUCUUGUGCUCAACAAACACUGCUGAAUCCAUUCUUUACAGUUUGGUAUUUGCCUUGCAAUCAGGAGUCACUCUUGUAUCCAUCAUGUUUUGCCUUAAUCGCUACAUUCUUAGCCAACAGUCUCCUCGCGUAUCGCUAUUUUCGGCUUUUUCAUCCCUAUUCCAAAGCUCGUCAUGCAGUGUUCUUGCAAUAGGAGUUUUACUUCACGCUCUGAGUCUUCUAUCGAGUAGUUUUGUGGAAGAAGAGCAUCAAACAUGGUACUUUUUCACUUCAGCUUUGUUCGUGAUGAUAUUCCUUGAGAAAAGCACGUUGUUUCGUAGGGGAAAGAAUCACAAGGAUUCGGAGAAACCAGAAACGGUACCAAGGCAGGAAGAAAUCUCGAAAGACAAAAAUUCUCAAAAAUGUAGCAGUGAAAAAGUAUUUGAUCAUAGUAAUGAAGUUAGGAACGCGAACUUUCAUAAUGAUCACAGCUAUUCCAAAAGCAGUGGGAUAAAUGUGGAUGGUGUUUUGUCAGAGGGUGAAAAUGCCGUCGAAGAUCUCUCACGGCCAGUGUCAGCCAGGAAGAAGGUUGAAAUGACACAUCAAAAUGGCUUUUUGUCGUAUCUUUUGGCUGUUUUAGCACUGCUUGGUUUAGGAAGAUUAUCCAGAGGUUGGAACCAAACUGGAAUGAAAUGGGCUGAUAGGCCUGACAUCGGAGAUUGGCUCGUAAAGCCCGAAAACAGAACAGUCUUGUCUAUUUGCUACUUUAUAUCUCUAAUUGCCAUUGCCGGAUUUCGUUACAAUCGUCAAAAUGCUGUAACUUCAUUUGUCUUUAUCAUCGGCGCUGCGAAUGCUUAUGUUUACAGGACUGUCACGGGGAGUCUCCGGUUACCAUGGAUACCAAAUGAACCGGUCACAAAAGGAAUCCGUGCGGCACGCUUCACUUAUUGUUGCGUCGUAGCCAUGGUGAUGUGGAACUUGUUUCUUUUAUACAAAGCUAGCAGAAUCAGCGAAAGAAGAAGGAAUUUGCAGAAGUACAUUUGCGAGAUAUGCGGUUCGCUAGAGGGACUUUUAUCUGGCGUGUUGUUACUGGAAAUUCUUCUUCAGAGACCUCAUAAUGUUACAGUUCUAGCUGUAUUUGUUCUUCAAGAACAUGUCUUGAGCAAAAUAUUCUGGAAAAGUCAGGAGAAGACGUGGAUCAUUUUUCUCAGUUCCUUGUGGAUGGGUCAUGCCAUGUACUUUUCUCUGGGGAACUCCAACAGCCUGGCAUCGGUCGAUGUUUCAGCGGGCUAUGUGGGAUUAGAGGAUUAUGUGCCUUGCGUUGUGGGCCCCCUCAUGUAUGUAGCCACAUACUGUGGACCUAUUUUGUGGCUUAUUGCUGCCGUGUUGUCUAUCAUCCGAGACGCCCGAGAUAUUACAAGGUUGCAGAAUUCUCUCUACCAAGCUUGUUACGUCAUCACCCUUUGCCAGGCUUUGGUCUUGUGCGUUUACUGUACGUUGGUAUUUGGUCAGAGGUAUCACCUGUUCGUUUGGAGUGUUUUCUCACCCAAGUUGUUGUAUGAAGCAUGUAGAACAUUUCUGUUAUCUUUGUUUGUUUUUCUUGUUCUUUACUUGAUGAGUUUUGUAGUGAGAAUGAAAGGAACUGAAGCCGAGAAAUCCGAAUAAGGAAUUCGUCAUUAGGACCCGUUUGCUCGUACAUCAUUAAUUGUAAGUGAAGAAUGAUCAUCGCAGUAAAUUUUCCAAUUUAAGCAAUUGGA